GUUUAUAUAGUUGAUAAAUAUGACAAAAACUAAAAACUGAGUGUACAAAAAAUGCGCUGUCUGUAAUGCGCUUCAUGAACACCAGAUGGCGGUAAUCGUGAUGAUGCGCUCGCGCCUCUCAGCGGUGAAGAAGACGAUAGGAACAUGUACAAGGUCGGACGGGUCGCAGGAGUCUCGGGUACUUUGGGUUUAGUGUCAGCCUCUGUGCUGGCCAGCAGCAGCAGCAGUGAAGAUAAACCCGACACAUCUCUGAAUGUGGAUGAGUUGUCUCUCUACACGACACCACAGCAGAAGUUCAGCUAUGUGGAGUCUGAGAGAGGUCAGGUGGAAGAAGGGGUGGCCACAAUGAGAAGACUGGCAGAGCCUUAUACCAACUGGUGCCAGCAAACAACCGACUCGGCCAGAGAGAAAGUUCAGGGCGUCUAUGGAGCAGUAAAACCCAGGUUGGACAGUACCGUACAGUUUGGUCAAAACGGUUAUGAUUACCUGAAGAACCCACCGCCUGAGUUUUACCCCAGAGCAGGUGUCAUCGGCUUCGCUGGGAUUCUCGGUCUUUUUCUUGGAAGAGGCUCCAGAUUGAAGAGAUUGAUCUACCCUACCGGAUUCAUGGCAGUGGCAGCGUCUCUUUAUUAUCCACGAGAAGCUGUGACCAUAGCAAAGGGGACAGGGGACACGGUGUACGACUGGGCUCUGCAGGCUUAUGUAGCUGUGGAAAAACUUUUCAAAGAUAAACCCAAAGAUCGGCAGAAGGCUAGUCAAGAAGAAAAGAAAUCUGGUGGAGAUACCAAAGCUUAAGGUUCUCACCUAUCAGGAUGUUUCUGUGACAAUGUGACGCCAUCCAGGAUCUCCGUCCUUUACUUAUAAACCUGUUUUUGCACGAGCCGCUUCCUCUUUCAUCAGAGAGAGGAGUCAGUCAAUCUUUUAAACUACUGCAGUUGUAUUAUAAAGGCACUUGUGAACUAAAAUAAAUAUAUUUCAUGUGA